AUGAAAUUCUUAGCAGUUUUCGUAUUGGCUUUGGCUACUGCCACAGCAUUUGAUCUUAGAUCAAACGAAAUUCAUCACCUUGAUGUGGAAGUGCCUGUACUUGAUGGACCUGAUGGACGAAUUACCAACGGUAAAACUGCAACAACAGGACAAUUUCCCUACCAAGUUGGUUUGUCUAUUAAGAAGAGUGCAUUGUCUUCAUCAUGGUGUGGGGGCUCACUAAUAGGCAAGAAUUGGGUUUUGACUGCUGCUCAUUGCACUAUUAGCGCCAAAUCUGUAACAGUAUACUUGGGUGCCACUGUACGUACCUCUCCCGAAGUAAGCUACAAUGUAGAUGCUAGUGAUAUUAUUGUGCAUACUGGCUACAACUCUAAAACCAUAGUCGAUGAUAUUUCUUUGAUUAAAAUUCCAUCAGUUACCUAUUCCAGUAAAAUUCAAGUAGUGAAAUUGCCUUCCAUUGCUAGCACCUAUUCUACAUAUACUGGCGAUAACGUUAUUGCUUCCGGUUGGGGACGUACCAGUGAUGCGGUUACCACAGUCACCACUAAUUUGCAAUGGGCUGACCUUGUUGUUAUAAGCAACACAAAAUGUGCUGCUACUUAUGGCACUGCUAGUGUUGUCGCCUCAAAGAUCUGCUGUUCCACACCAAAUAAAGUAUCUACCUGCCAAGGAGAUUCUGGUGGUCCAUUGGUUUUGGCUUCUUCUAAAGUACAAAUUGGCUUAACAUCUUUCGGUGCGGAGAAAGGUUGCGAAUUGGGUUAUCCAGUUGCAUUCACACGUUUAACCAGUUACUUGAAUUGGAUAAAGUCAUACACUGGAAUUUCCUAUUAA